AAAAAAGAAAGAAAAGGAAGUGGAGGAAAUGACACUUUGCCUGAACGAGUGUCUGAGAGCGGUCGGGCUACAGCAUCACUAUGCAAGGUUUACCUCCAUGGGAGUUCAUCGUGCAGCCCACCUUUCAGCACUGACCAUGGAGGACUAUCCCAUCCUGGGAAUCCGAACUAUGGAGGACAGGGCUCGACUCUUCCAUCUGGUCAAAAUGGUCAAAACUCUCGACCAAGAGAGUCUUGUAUAUGACGAUGUCGAUGAUUAUGAUGAUUAUGGUGCUGAUGGUGGUGAUGUAGGCAACGCUGCAGUGGAUAGUAGUAGUACUUAUUAUGGCUAUGGAGAUCCUGAUGAGGUAUGUGAUGAUGAGGAUGAGAAGGGUGGUGCCGUGAAUAAGCUAAAUACAGCCACUGUUACCAGACCGUCAUGCGUUCGCAGAAAGCUUGAUUUCAGUUGUGAAACCACUGAUCAUCAUCAGAAGCUACUUUCCUAUCCCGUAGGCUCUGUUCAUUUCUGUGCAAGUCAUAAUAGAAAUGAUGGGCCAGUCCAGGGCAAAGGGUCAGCCACACCUCUGAAGCUUAAGCUUGACAGUGGAAGUGCUGUUGUAUGUGGCUGCAAAGGGAACAAUAACCACAGGACAGAUGCCCAUAGUCGUCCAUCUAAUCAUCACAAAGGAGGAAACACUGAGCCAGACAUCACAGGAGGAACUGCCAUGUUCAACUCUCACACCAGAUUAUCACCAAAGUUUGUUUCAUUCCACAAACAAAAAUCCAGGUCUGCAGCCGUGGCAUCAAAGAGGUUUAACAACAAAACAGUUGGGUACAAAGAUAGGAAAAGAACUUCUAAGAAGGAAAAACUUUGUACAGAAAUAGCCAGUAAGGGGGCUUCUGAACGCAUGGUAAAGCCAACACCCAUUUAUGAAUCAAAGAGAACAGCUGGCUACAACUACGGACUCCCACGGAGUUCCCUUCCUGCUCAAGACAAAAAGCAAGAAGGAGAGCAGCGGAUUAGUGUGUGUGUGAGGAAAAGACCUCUGACACGGGCAGAGAGCAGGAAAGGAGAAGCAGAUGUUGUGAAAACUUCAGGUGGAGAUUGUGUGAUUGUCCAUGAAAGCAAAGAAGCUGUGGAUCUCACACAAUACAUACUGCAGCACAGGUUCUACUUUGACCAGGUUUUUGGAGAGGAGAGCUCCAAUGAGGAGGUGUAUCAAAGAACAGCAUAUCCUCUGGUGCAGCACAUGCUCAACGGGUAG